AUGCUUUGGGGGAUGGCAACGGCAACUUCAAGUCCAUACUUAGCCAGCAGCAGGAUCCUCUCCGGCCCGGUCCUUCACUCUGAUCGGAGGGUCGGUGGCAUGCAGCCGGGCAGCACCGCUGUGACCACAGUGUCUAGCGGUUACAGAGGGGAUCCUUCCGUAAAGAUGGUGCAAAGUGACUUCAUGCAGGGAGCCAUGGUGGCGAGCAAUGGGGGUCACAUGCUCAGCCAUGCCCACCAGUGGGUAACGUCGUUGCCUCACGCAGCGGCCGCCGCAGCCGCUGCCGCUGUGGCAGCAGCCGAAGCCGGCUCUCCGUGGUCCUCCAGCCCCCAGACGCAGGACGUGAAGAGAGGGAGGGAUGACCUCCACACAGGCACCGCUCUGCACCACAGGUCCCCACAUCUGGGACCCCAUCAGGCGCACUCGGGAAGUUGGGGAGGCAGCUCCGCGGCGCACAUCAGCAUCACCGAGGGGCAGCAGCAGCAGCAGCAGCAGCAGCAGUCUCUCCUUUACUCUCAGCCCGGCGGGUUUACAGUCAACGGGAUGCUGAGCUCGCACGUGGGGCAGAGCCUCAUGCACCAGGGACUGGUGCGCGGGGACUCCCCGGAGCUGGACCACGGGGACCACCAUCAUCACCAUCACCACCAUAAUCACCACACUCACCACCACCAGCAUCACGGGGGGAACCACGAACCGCACUCAGACGAGGACACUCCGACGUCAGAUGACUUGGAGCAUUUCGCCAAACAGUUCAAACAGCGGCGGAUCAAGCUGGGGUUCACCCAGGCAGACGUGGGCUUAGCUUUGGGCACCCUGUACGGCAACGUGUUCUCACAGACCACCAUCUGCAGGUUUGAAGCGCUUCAGCUGAGCUUUAAGAACAUGUGCAAGCUGAAGCCUCUGCUGAAUAAAUGGCUGGAGGAGGCCGACUCAACCACCGGGAGCCCGACCAGCAUCGAUAAGAUAGCCACCCAGGGCAGGAAGAGGAAAAAGCGCACGUCCAUCGAGGUGAGCGUAAAAGGCGCGUUGGAGAGCCACUUCCUCAAGUGUCCCAAACCCUCCGCGCAGGAGAUCAACUCUCUGGCGGACAAUCUGCAGCUGGAGAAGGAGGUGGUCAGGGUCUGGUUCUGCAACCGCAGGCAGAAAGAGAAGCGCAUGACGCCACCCGGACUGCCUCGCACCCCGGAGGACGGGUAUUCACAGUUGGGCAGCAUGGGUCCCGACACACCGUCACCCUCCAUAGACUGCAAGAGGAUGUACAGCGACACGUGA